AGCUAGGCAGGCAGCAUGGGUUGGUCUCAGCAUCUGUUUCGUUCCUUGCGGAGAGUAUUGUCAAAGGAAGUGAAACAACACGUGGGCACGGACCAGUUCGGGAACAAAUACUACUAUAUCCCGGAGUACAAGAAUUGGAGAGGACAAACUAUUCGAGAGAAAAGAAUUGUAGAAGCAGUGCAGAAAAAAGAAGAAGACUAUGGAAUAGGGGAUAUCCCAACAGAGUGGGAAGCUUGGAUUAGAAAAACAAGAAAGAUACCACCAACUAUGGAGGAAAUCUUAAAGAAUGAAAAAUAUAGAGAUGAAAUGAAAAUGAAAAGUCAAGACUUUUAUGAAGAAAAACUCCUAAGUAAAGGGGAAUUUUUGGCUCCACCUGUUCAAACUCAAAUUAAAGGACAUGCCUCUGCUCCAUACUUUGGAAAGGAAGAGCCCUCAACAGACCCUACCAGCACUGGUAAAACUUUUCAGCCAGGAUCCUGGAUGCCACAAGAUGGCAAGAGCCAAAAUAAGUGA